AUGCGCGCUCUCGGACAGAACCCCACCAACAAGUCCGUCAACGAGAUCCUCGGCAACCCCUCCGCCGACGACCUGGUCAACAAGAGGCUGGGCUUCGACGCCUUCGUGCCCAUGCUGAAGAAAGUGGACGCUCUGCCCAAGGGAACCGUGGACGACUACGUGGAGGGUCUCCGCGUCUUUGACAAGGAGGGCAACGGCACCGUGAUGGGCGCUGAGCUGCGUAUUGUGCUGUCCACCCUGGGAGAGAAGAUGACCGAGAACGAGAUCGAGUCUCUGAUGCAGGGUCAGGAGGACGAGAACGGCAGCAUCCACUACGAGGCUUUCGUCAAGCACAUCAUGUCCGUUUAA